GGUGCUCCAAUUUUUCGGAAGUAAGAAGCCCAAAUGGUCCAAAAUUGCAAUAGGCUUUUGGUUCGUCGUCUGCAUGUCCAGCCCACUACUAGCAGAGGACGAAUAGUUUAUGAAGUUUAGAGAGAGAAAAACAUACUGUUUAGAGAGAGAAAGUUUUGGAAGAAAGGAGCACGAAGACGAACAAAGAACCUUAUUUUACUCGACAGAUACAUAGGUAUUUAUUUGUCUGAAGCAAGGGGAUGAGAUUCAAAUUUCAAAUGUAUUCAUGGCUUCACAUAGGGCAAAUAUCUUUUACUUUGAAUUGAGGUACUUUUUUUCAUCAAAGAAAAACCCUAGAACCGGAAGAAACCUUCAGGCUUGACGCAUUGCUAACCUUAGCUGCAAUUCAGGCACACCUGUUCGCAAUUCAGGAAUUUGAUCAAGGCUUGUACUGAUGGUGGGCAAGAUCCUGUAGCUUUUAAGGCGGGAAUGCAUGGAUGUGGUGCGGAAUCUGAUCCUAUAGUCGAUUCCGAGGUUGAUUCCAUGGGAGUUGGUAUUGGUAACAAAACCUCUCCGCAGAGAUCAACAAUCGAGGAGGUUCAAAAUGAGCUUAGGCAGGGUUAUGGUUUCCUAGAGAUAAAGAGAAGAGAAUUAGAAUUUCUUGAGAAAGGUGGUGAUCCACUGGAUUUCAUAUUAGGGAAUGCUACUUCAGUUAGUGUUCAAUCCACUUCUCUUACAGAUCAACAUCAAGAUCAGCUUGUGACCAGUGAAGCAAAAGGUAGUUUUGCAAUUACUGCUUCACCUCAUGGAGACUCAGUUGAAAGUAGUGGUCGACUUGGGGCUCCUCAACUUUGUGAACCCAACAGUGCUGACAAUCUCAUGCUAUUUGAUGGUGAAAAUGAAUUCAUUGAAGCUGAAAGGUCCUGUAGAUACCCCAGCAGGAGCAACAUUACUCCAUCAGAGCAGUCAUCUAAGUUGGAUAGAAGUCGAAAUGCAAAAGAAUUGGGCGAUUCUGCUGCUUUUGGUGUCCCUAAAAAAUCUUACAAGCGAAGAUACAGGCCCCGCCCUAAUGGGGAUGGCACUAGAUCAAGUUCCACUGAUAUAAUUCUAGGUCCUGGUGGUCAUGGCACAUCUUUGCCCUCACAACAUUUUUCUAAAGAUGUAAAAGCACAGGUUUCUGAUGGAGAAAAUCCAAAAGACCAGAGCUCUUCUUUGAGCAUUGCACGGCCUUCCAUUCCAAAUGGUUUUGUGCCUGUGAAAACUCCGCCAUCUGAUAAUCUGCUAGAUACUGAAAUACAUGGCUUUAAAGUUGCAGAGGCAACUACUUACUUGAAGAAUGAGGGUCUGGCAUAUAGCAUCCCUGAAGCUAGUGCUUCCAGAUGUUUGCUGGAUAACCAACAUGAUCAGAACUCACUCGCUGAUAUCGAGGAUGUGUCUAUUCAGGAAAGUCCUGAAAGGCCUCAAUCAUCACUGGGGAAAGAAGGGGUAGGUUCUGCUGGCCAGGAAGGUCCGUUGUGUACAACUGCAGUAGGGCUUGAGAAUCAAGCUAGUUCUAGCCAUCAUAUAAAUGGGAGUUGUGGGAAGAGUGACCAGAAAAGCAUGCCAAAUGAUGCUCAAAGCAGUGGUGCAGCAUUGGGCACAAAAGGUUUAGAUUCAGAAUCUUCUUGCAGUCGGGCCCGUAGUCUGAAUCGAAAUACCAAUAAUGCGAUGUCUAACAAUCCAACGAACUUAGACUCCAAUGGUGACUUGAAGGAACAACUGUCGGUGCCAGAGGCAACGCAAGUUAUAGAAAGCAAUCUUAAAGAACAGAAAGAGGUGAAAACUGAUGACAGUUGUGGUUUCACUAAUAAGGGUGAGGUAAGAGAUAAAAUUACCACCCAAGUGGAAGCAGUUGAGCCAUCUCCAUCAGAAACUGAGAGGAAACCCACUACGAACAUAAGUGAUAGUUCCAACUCCCAAAAAUUAUAUUCUUCUAUUAUUGGGCGUCAAGGUUCAAUCGAGUGCAGAAUACCUGUGCCAUCCCAGCAUGUAUCACCACAUGGAGUCUUAACUCCUUUCCCUGAGGCACAAGCACCUGCGAUCAAUGUUAAACUUGCCACCAGGGGUGAUGAAGGCUCAAUCUUGAAAGAGGCACAGAUUAUAGAGGCGAAACGUAAACGAAUUAACGAGUUAUCUGCUGUGGCCUUUCCACUGAAGAAUCAUCGGAAGUCUCACUGGGAUUAUGUACUUGAGGAAAUGGUUUGGCUCGCAAAUGAUUUUGCGCAGGAACGCCUUUGGAGAAUGACUGCAGCGGCUCAAUUGUGCCGUCAAGUUGCUUUUACCGCACGGUUACGAUUCCAAGAACAAAAUAGUAGUUGCAAGCUAAAAAAGGUAGCUCAUAUUAUGGCCAAAGCCGUUAUGGGUUUCUGGCAGUCGAUCGAGGGGAAAAACGAACAACUGGAGCUACCAGUUACUAGAAAGGAUCAUGCUAUUGCUAUCAGGGAAUAUGCCAUGAGAUUUCUGAAAUACAAUGACUCUGAUGUUCGACAAAGCCUCGCUGAAGCUCCGGUGACUCCAGAGAGGGUGUCUGGUGGUGGAAUUGUGGAUGCGCCUCGGGAAGAUCAUUUGGGAGAAGAGAACCUCUUCUAUGCUGUCUCAUUUGGAGCAAUGGAUGCCUACCGGAAGUCUAUAGAAUCUCAUGCGCUGCUCUGUGUGAAAAUUGGCGGGAGCAUGCAUGAAGAGGUGGAGACAUCGGCAUGCGAUACAAUUCCAGAGUUUGGAGCUCAAGACUAUGCAUUUGAAGAGGAUGAAGGAGAGUCAAGUCCAUAUGAUACGUCAGUUGCCAUUGAAGGUAACAAAUCAUCAAAAUUUUCCCAGAAGCAAAGGAAGAUCCACAUAAAGGCGUAUAGUGGAAGACCAUAUGAUGUUCGCACUGAUGUACCAUUUACACGUGUGGAAUACAAACUUGGUACUCAGCAAUCUAUGCAACUGGGAAAAAGGCCAUCUAGCAAUCUUAAUGCGUCUAUUCCGACAAAGCGUAUGCGUUCUGCUUCUAGGCAAAGAGUUGUCAGUCCUUACAGUGCAACAACAUCUGGAUGUGCUCAGUUGCCAGUCAAAACUGAUGCUUCAAGUGGUGAUACCAGUUCAUUUCAGGAUGACCAGAGUACGUUGCAUGGGGGAUCAUUUAUGCCAAAUAGUUUGGAAGUUGAGUCAGUGGGAAAUUUCAAGAAGCAUUUACCAUUUGAUUCCGCUGAAGUUUCAAAACCUAAAAAGAAGAAAAAAGUGAAGAUUCUGGGUUCCGCAUAUGAACAACGAUGGCAGGUUGAUUCUAAUUUUCAAAACGAGCAGAGGGAUCCCUCCAGAAAGAGAUUGGAGAGCCAUCAACUUGAUUCUAAUGGUCAUAAUGGUUUAUUUGGUCAACAUGUUGCAAAGAAGCCAAAGAUGAUGAGACAAUCAAUUGAAAAUUCUUUUGAAAAUGUUGGCUCUGUUGGUGGAUUUGUCCCAUCUCCAGUGGCUUCCCAGAUGAGUAACAUGUCCAACCCAAACCAAAUUAUGAAAAUGCUUAGUGGUAGGGAUCAGGGUAGGAGAGCCAAAACUUUUAAGAUGUCUGCAGGACAAGCAAGUUCAGGAAGUCCAUGGUCACUAUUCGAGGACCAGGCACUCGUUGUCCUGGUGCAUGAUAUGGGUCCAAAUUGGGAGCUUGUAAGUGAUGCUUUCAACAGUACUUUACGAUUCAAGUGUAUCUACCGCAAGCCAAAGGACUGCAAAGAACGACAUAAAAUGCUUAUGGACAGAAGUGGUGAUGGUAAUGAUAGUGCUGAUGAUUCAGGAUCAUCUCAACCCUAUCCUUCAACGUUACCUGGCAUUCCCAAGGGAAGUGCCAGGCAACUGUUUCAGCGCUUACAGGGGCCAAUGGAAGAGGAUACACUUAGAUCCCAUUUUGAGAAAAUGAUCUUGAUCGGGCAGAAAUAUCUUUCACGAAAGAAUCAGGGUUAUAAAUUUGAUUCGAGACAAAUCCAGCAACCACAUGAUUCUCACACACAUGCUCUUUCCCAACUUUGUCCAAAUAAUCUGAACGGAGGCCCUAUUCUUACACCUUUGGACCUAUGGGAUGCACCCUCGCCUAGUCCAGACUAUCCUUCUGUUGGAUGCCAAGGUCCACGCCCAAGCGGAUUAUCUGUUUCAAGUCAUGCAUUGAAUUCAGUGCUCCCGGUAUCUGGUGCAAACUCCACAGUUCAAGGUUCCUCCAGUAUGAUUGGUGAAAGCAACUUUCCAUCAUCAAGUCCCCUCAAUGCAUCUGUUAGGGAUGCUAGAUAUGUUGUUUCUAGACCUGCAUCCCUUCCAGUUGAUGAUCAGCGAUUGCAGCACUACAAUCAAAUGAGAAAUAUGCAAUCCAAUAUGUCUGCUCCUGGAGUUCUUGCAGCCACUAAUCGUGCUGGUGUUCGUACUCUUUCUAGUGGCAACAGCACAUGCAUAAUGGGUGGGAUUAAUAGAGGUAUUCCGAUGGCAAGGCCUGGUUUUCAGGGAGUUGCAUCACCGUCUAUGUUGAAUUCUGGAAGCAUGCUUUCCUCUGGGAUGGUAGCAUUGUCAAACACUCUGAAUAUUCAUUCUGGAGUGAGAUCUAAUCAGGUGAAUUCAAUGAUGAGACCUCGUGAUGGUUCGCUCAUGACACAGCCACCACAGAAUCAGGAAGCUCAGAGGCAAAUGAUGGUUCCUGAGCAUCAGCUGCAGGCUUCUCAGGGAAACAGCCAAGUGGUUCCUCCAUUUGGUGGGUUAAGUUCCUCUUUACCCAACCAGUCUGCCUCUCCCGUCACACCAUAUCCACUUCAUCUUCAGCAAUCACAUCCUAUGUCUUCACAGCAGCCACUUAUGCUUAGCCCUCAUCACCCUCAUCUUCAAGGGGCUAAUCAUGCCACCAACUCACAGCAACAAGCUUAUGCGUUUCGAUUAGCUAAAGAGAGGCACCUGCAACACCGACUGUUACAACAGCAACAUUUUUCACAUUCACAGCCCCAACAUCCUAUUUCAUCUUCUUUGCAAAAUAGUCCCAAGACCACAUCACAAUCUUCUGCUCCACCAGUAUCAGUUUCUCCUUUGACAUCCCCCACCUCAGUGACCCCAAUAUCUCGACCUCAUGCAUUGCCAGCUCAUGGGCAUGCAUGGACUGCUCAAACUGCGGGCAGCAUGAGUAAGCAAAGACCACGUCAGACAGGGGGACAGCAGCUUCAACCAGCAGGCAAGCACCACCCUCCACAGCGGCAGCAGUCACAAUCACAACAAGAAGCUAAAUUAUUGAAUGGAGUCGGCAGAGGGAACAUGAUGAUGCACCAGAACUUGCAGAUAGAUCCCUCUCUAAUGAAUGGGUUUUCUAACAAUAAGGCGAAUCAAUCUGCUUGGAAAGGUGUGCAUGCUACUAGCUUGAUGCAAGGCCAUGGACUAUAUUCUGGAUCAGCAAACAGCCCUGCCCAUCUUGUAAAACAAGCUAUGGAACCUCAUUCUUCAAGUCCACAGCAGCCCGAGUCUAAAAGUUACUCUGGCCGACUACCUCUAUCUACUAAGCAUCUUCAGCAGGAGAUGCCUUGUAAUCCGGAUAAUAGCAAUCAAAGUCCUGCUUCUUUGGAUGCCUCUGAUACUAAUUCAUCUCAGCUAUCUGUUCCAUCCUCAGUCGUGGGUUCUUCCAACCACCACGAAUUAGUGCAUCAACAGGCACAGUGGCAGCCACAGCCAAAAUUGUUGAAUCAAAAGGAAGCAACUGUACAGCGAGUUUUGCAGCAGAACCAUGUAGUAAAUUCAAAUCCAUCAAAGAGGUUGCAAGCUGAUGAAUUUCAAGCUGAACAACGAUCUACGUGCAAAACUUCUAAGAUAGGUGCAAUCACCUCAAUGCCUCAGGAUUGCAACAAUCCAACUACUGUCUCAGGUGUUUCACCUCUGAGUGCUAAUCAGUGGAAGGGUGCAGAACCAUUAUUUGAUUCAAUUGGGGCUCCCCCAACAAGUUCUGCUGGCAGUAAGCCAGUUCCUCAAGUCAGCCGAGGGGUAAGCCAAAGACAACCUUCAGGCAACUCAUCUCCAACAGGGCCUGAUUUUAGUGUCAACUGGCAGCAAAAAUCCUCCCAGUUGCAGCCUCCUUCCUCAGUGACCCAGCCACAGUUGCAGCAGCAACAGCAGCAGCUGUCACCAUCGCAACAUUCACAACAACAGGGUCAGGUUCUGCAAGCAGGGAAUAGCAGUUUGUUUGCUAGGCCCAAUGACUGUAGACUGGAUUGAACCACCCUAAAGAGAUGAUGGAUAAUUCCUUGGUGGCUAAUCAAUCCCUGAAUGGGUCAGCAUGCCCGGGAAAUAGCGGUGUACAGGUAAAACAUUCUUUUAGCUUAAUAUGUACUGAAGUCAGUGGACAUGAAAAUAUGAGGAAUGAAAUCGUGAAAUGCUUUGGAAUAAGGUUUUGCCAACAUCGAUAUUCACCGAGUUGCUUCAAUGAUACCUUCAAUUGAUCACUUUCCCUACUUGUUUUUGGUAAGAUAGUUUGGGUUGUUGAAUGAUGAUAUUGGUGAAGUGUAGAACAUGGUGUAAUACCUGGUGAAACCUGCUAAUUAAUGCUUAUUUUAUGGUUCAGAUGAAGCUUGUUAUCCCUGAGGGCAUCACUUUAUGUCAAGUUUGGUGAAUUUUCAAGGUUUAGUAAAUACUAGAUGGACGGCUGCUAGAAAUUUUGGGUCUUGUAUAUUAUUGUUUCCCUAGAGCCUCAGGAAGUUAGGGACAGAUAUAGAGGUAUAUGUACAGGGUUUCACUUUAUCCCUUUUUCCCCUUGUGACUAAAGCCCCUUUGUUCCACCUGCUCACCUAGGGGUUCCUAUCUGAUUUUGUCCCCGGUGAUCAUCCCAUGUAUUAUUGCCCGUUUACUCAAUGGGUAAUUAUCAUUUUUAUGGCCGAAGGCUGUGGGAAAUUUUGUGAAUAUUUGUCCUGUAUACUCCAUGUUUGUCAUGAACAGUCACCAUACAUGAUUGCACCUUCCUGGUAGCCUCUA